AUGCAGUUGAACAGGGAGCUGGAUAAGACAAGCAAAUUAGUUGUGGGUCAUCUCAGCCGAGGAGCCAAAUCUGAACAACCCAGCAAAUUUCUCAAUGCAUUUGAAACCAAAUUCCACCAAAUUCCGAUCGAGCUCGUCAGUUCCACCAAAUUCCGAACGCAUUUGGCCUUUCUUUGGGCGAGGACGGCCAGGUGCACCCGCGCACGGCACGGCCUGCAGCUUGCGGCCCGCGCCUCCGCCACCGUCCACCGAGCUGCGGAUUACACAACCCAAGUCAAAAAGCCACCACCCGCUCGAUGGACGGGACCCUGCCACGCCUCGUCCCCCGCCAUGCCUCUCCUCUUCCUCCCCGCCGCCGCCCCCCUCGCCGCCGUGUCCCUGCUCCCGGCCCGCUGCCGCCUCCGCCUCCGCCUCACCCUCACCCGCGCGGCCGCCACGAGCACACCCGCCACCCCGACCCCCGCUCCCGCGAGCACCUUCGCCGUCGAGGACUACCUCGUCGCCAGCUGCCACCUCACACCGCCGCAGGCGCUCAAGGCGUCCAAGAGCCUCGCGCACCUCAAGUCCGCCUCCAACGCGGACGCCGUGCUCGCCUUCCUCGCGGGCCUCGGGCUCUCCCCGAAGGAGGUCGCCGCCGUCGUGGCCUACAACCCGCGCGUCCUCUGCGCGCGCAUCGACCGGUCCCUGGCGCCCAUCUCCGCGGAGCUCCGCGCGCUGGGGCUCUCCCCGUCCCAGAUCGCGCACCUCGCGCAGAUCGCCGGCCGCUACUUCCUCUGCCGCAGCUUCGUCUCCAAGGUGCGGUUCUGGCUCCCGCUCUUCGGCUCCCCGGAGCGGCUGCUCCAGGCCAGCGACUGGAACUACUGGCUCCUCACCUCCGACCUCGAGAAGGUGGUCGAGCCCAACGUCGCGUACCUCAAGCAGUGCGGGCUCAGCGCCGCCGACAUCGCCAAGCUGCUCGUUGCCGCGCCACGGCUCGUCACCAUGCACCCGGAGUACGUUCAGGACGCCGUGCGACGCGCCACGCAGCUCGGCGUGGCGCCCGGCUCCCAGAUGUUCCGCCACGCGCUCUCUACCGCGGGAUGCAUCGGCCAGGAGAAGGUCGAUGCCAAGGUCGCCGUCCUGAAAGAGACGCUCGGUUGGUCGCAGGAGGAGGUGAACCUCGCCGUCAGCAAGGCACCGCGGAUCCUGGUCGCGUCCGAGGAGAGGCUGCGCCGGAACGCUGAGUUCCUGCUCAACGAGGUCGGGCUGCCGCCGGAGUACAUCGCGCGCCGGUCAGUGCUCCUCAUGUACAGCCUCGAGAGGCGGAUAGUGCCCCGGCACCUCGUGCUGAAGGCUCUCAAGGAAAAGGGGCUGGUUGAACAAGAUCGGUGCUUCUUCAAUGUGGUCGCGCCGACCGAAGAGAAGUUCUUGGAGAAAUUCGUUGCUCCCUAUGAGGAUUCCAUCCCCGGCCUUGCUGAUGCUUAUGAGUCUGCCUGUGCGGGGAAGGUGCCAGAGGCAUUUCAACAUUGACUGGAGUGGAAGGAGAAUUUGGAGGUGUGUGUUCCGCCCCCAUUGUGUAUCUGUGUAACCUUAUUCCACUGAUCUUGUUUCAAAAGAAAACUCAUUGUACUGAUGAAAUAUAGGAGAUGAAGUAGCUUCAUGGUCAUUUAGCUUAGGUCUGUUACAGGCGACAGCAUAAACUGAUGCUGGUAACCAUAAAAAGUUUCGUUUCUAAAUUCCAACUGAGUGAUGGUUUUCAUAUGAAAGUACAAGCCAUGUUUUCCUUUU